AUGAUUGGACAUCGUCGCUCGUUCCUGUUGCUGUUGCUAGGGACUGUCACUUUGUACUAUAGUACAUUACUACCAGGCAGCUAUGCUGAAGUAGCUACGGAUACUGAGAAUGUACAGGGAAACAAUGCGCCGAGUCUGCACGUGGAUGAGCUGCAGGACAAGCCUAUUACUGGUGGUGAAACAUAUGCAUUCCAAGCAGAAGUCUCACGUCUUAUGGAUAUCCUCAUUAACUCACUGUACCGGACAAAAGAAAUAUUUCUGCGCGAGCUCAUUUCGAAUGCCUCUGACGCGCUGGACAAGAUUCGCUUCCUGACAUUGUCUGACAGUGAACUCCUUGGCAAAUUGCGAGAUUUGGAAAUCCGCAUCAGCUUUAAUAAGGACGCGCACACGCUCACGAUUCGAGACACGGGCGUAGGUAUGACUAAGGAUGACUUGGUCAAUAACCUUGGCACGGUAGCCAGAUCUGGCACGGCCAAUUUUGUCGAAGCUAUGCAGGCUGGCACUGAUGCUACCAACCUGAUUGGUCAAUUUGGUGUCGGCUUUUACUCUGUUUAUCUUGUUGCUGACCGCGUUCGUGUCGUGAGUAAGAACCACAAUGAUGAUCAAUACAUUUGGGAGUCAGAUGCCAAUGCGUCCUUUACGAUUGCCAAGGACCCGCGUGGUGAUACGCUCGGCCGUGGUACGGAGAUCACGUUGUUUUUAAAGCCAGAUGCCACCGAGUUCCAAGACCAGGACAAGCUGAAGAGUCUCCUGGGGCACUACAGUGAGUUCAUCACAUUCCCCAUCUACUUGAACAUGAGCUCGACGGAGUCGUACGAAGUGGAGGAGGAGCCAAUUGAUGACGAGAAGGUUGAUGAGAGCGAGGCAAAGGACAGUGAGACCACUGACGAUGACGAAGAACUGGAAACUGCUGAAGAAGAUGGUUCCAAGACUCCAAAGGUCCGCAGUGAGACCCGCACGGUGUGGAACUGGACACGUGUAAAUGAAGUUCAGGCCAUUUGGACGCGUCCUAAGGAAGACAUCAGCGACAAAGAGUACGAAAGCUUCUAUAAGUCGAUGCAGAAAACGGACAGCACAGAUCCACUGACGUGGAUCCAUUUCCAGGCGGAAGGAGAGAUUGAGUUCAAGUCAAUCUUGUACUUGCCUGGUCGGGCUCCUCAUGAUCUGUAUACGCGUUUUCAAGAUAUGAAGGCGGAUAUCAAGCUAUACGUCCGCAAGGUGCUCAUCACUGACGAUUUUGAUGACUUUUUGCCACGGUACCUGAAUUUCAUUGUUGGUGUUGUGGACUCGGACGACUUGCCAAUCAAUGUUUCUCGCGAAACGCUACAGGAGAACAAGAUUUUGCGUGUUAUCCGUAAAAAGCUUGUGCGCAAGGUGUUGGAAAUGUUGCGAAAGUUGGCUGAAGACGACGAAAGCGAUGAUGAUGAUGAAGGAGAAGAGGACAAUGAAGCGGCGGAUACUUCGUCCGAUGCUGAAGUGUCCGGCGAGAGUGCAAAUGAAACGAAAGAUGAGGAAGAGGACGUAGAUGGUAAUCCGUCAUACACGAAGUUUUGGGAACAGUUUGGCAAGAGCAUCAAGUUGGGUGUGAUAGAGGACGAUGCCAACCGCGGUAAGCUAGUGAAGCUGCUACGCUUUGUGACCAGCGAAAGUGGUAGCAAGUGGACGUCUCUGGAGCAAUACGUGGACCGCAUGAAAGACUGGCAGGACUCUAUUUACUACAUUGCUGCCGAAAGCGCUGAAGCCUGCGAGAAUUCGCCAUUUAUGGAGAAGAUGCGCGCUAAGGGUCUGGAGGUGAUAUAUUUUGUCGAACCUCUGGAUGAGUAUAUGGCGUCGCGCAUUUCAGAGUUUGAUGGCAAGAAGUUGGUAUCGAUUACCAAAGAAGGUAUCAAAUUUGGUGAUGACGACGCGUCGCUUAUGGCGAAGCGCGACAAACUAUAUGCAGACAAGUAUGCAGCCCUCACUUCGGCUCUGAAGAAGCUUUACGGAGACAAGAUAUCUCGUGUCACUAUGUCGCAGCGUGUAGUGAAGUCGCCAGCCGUCAUGGUCACCUCCCAGUGGGGCGCUUCGGCUAACAUGCAGCGCAUUAUGAAGGCACAAACCUUUGCUAAAGGUGAGCGGAUGCCGAUGCAAGGCGUUGGAUCUGCAAUCCUGGAGCUAAACCCGCGUCAUCCAAUUAUUUCGAAGCUGGACGAGCUGAUGACAAGCGAUCCUGAGAACGAAGAGAUCAAGGACCUUGCUUGGCUGCUCUACGACACUGCUCUUGUUAACUCUGGCUUCGAUUUAGUUGACACCAACCACUUUUCUUCACGCAUCCACCGCAUCAUGAGAAGUAGCAUGGGCAUCGAGAGUCUAGAGCUGGAGCCUGAGAUCGAAGUACCCGAAGACAAUGAAGAAGAAGCAGCUGACGAAGAAGAGGACACUGAGAAUCUGGACGAGCAGCCUGCUGCGGAAGCCGAUGAUCUCGAUGAAAAGGAUGAAUUGUAG